AUGAACAGCACUCUGCCUUUCAUUGCAGAUCCCUCACAAGUGGAUUCCACGUGUCCGGGCGGAGCUGGUCACCUUGAAACAGAGUACACCAUUGUAGUUGACAGAAGCAACUAUACAGGCUUCGUGUGGGUUCGACCUGAUGGCCGAUACGUCGUCACCUGCAACCCCGGCUGCAGCCCUACUGCAGGAUACAGAGCAACGAUGAACACCACAAACUCCACGCUUACUAUUGAGAAUAUUAGAGCUGCAGAUGCUGGUACAUGGAAGAUCGUGGAUGCAAAAGUAGUGGAUGCCACUCCUGUCGAAGUGUGUCAACUGACGGCAGUCGAUAUCCCACAGUGCAGCAUCAGCAGUGACGAGGACACCGACUCCCUGGAACCUGGAACACAGCUGACUCUGACGGUGGACAUUACAGGCUACUACUGUUCUGUGGAGACUGGCUUUGAUCUCACUACUAGUGAUGUGACUGAAGAGUUGGGGAUAAGACACAACGUCAGUGUUGUAACAGACUUAACCAUCAACACGACCUUCAGUGUAGACAUCACACGAUUAGGUGAUGUAACACUGGACUUUACAUGUGACGGACGGCGUCCUCUGACUUGUGGAGGGGUGAAGAGGCUACAGAAAAGUCCACCUCAGUGUACCAUCACGAGUGAUAAGUACACGGCUUCUCUGGAACCUGGAACUAACCUGACUCUGGUAGUUGACAUCAAGAGCUUCUACUGUCCUCAACAAGCUAGAGUCCUCCUGACUACUGGGACCAUUACCCAGACGCUGCCACAGAACCAGACAAUGGACGAUAUCGUGGAUGUAUCCUUACAAUCAUACUUCCCCGUCACAACUGAUCGUUUUGGGGACGUCGGCGUUAGCCUCGUGUGUGGCAACAUCACAACGAUGAUUACCUGCGAUGGUGUUAACAGACUGAGUGAGGCAGCUACCAUAACAUCAACUCUAACUGAAAGAUCCCAAUCAACAGCUACUGCCGAAACACCCAACUCCAGCCCUGGAAAUACUGCACCAGAGACGUCUACAACACCAACACCACCAACGGUGGACAGCGUGUCCCCCCUGGAGAUCCAGACAACACUACGGGCCUCGCAGUCGGAUUGUCUGUCGUGGGUGUGAUUGUGAUCAUUAUCAUAGUUCUAGUGCGCUAUCGUAGAAGGGUCGGUGAGUACUUCUUAUCAAGACGGCAAAAUAUGCACGUCGCUCAAUUACAAGACGAAGAAGCGCCAAAAGAAAAACACACCACAGUAAGCUAAAAAUUAGGAACACUUCCCGGACUAUUCAUGUAGGUCGCAAA